AUGUUGUUGUUGCAGAUAACUUCAUUCAUUUGUGCUCUAUUGCCAUCGAAAGAAGGGUCGUCACUGAACAGAAAAGAUUCGUGGAAGAACGUUCCAAACACAUCACCACAACGAAACACGGAAUUUAUCGUUCAGAUUUCAGCGAAAAAAUUGGCUGUGUUUUUGACGGCUCGUCAAGCGUCAUACGUAGUGGUAGCAGUGGAUCAUGCACGAUUAGACGCUAUGCCGGGU